AUGUAAUAAGUUAAUAUUGAAUUUAAAUCAAGUCCUAGGAAAUUCACUAAACAAAUUAGUAGUAAAAGCGAAUCAGCAUCAAGGUUGUCUGAGAUAUCAGAUGAUGGUUGUAAAUAAAUUGUUGAUUUUGAUAGAGGAAAAUAAACCUCUCGUAGUAUAUCUAUUUAGCCUCGAAUGAUUCUUUAAUAAUAGUCUAAUAAUUUUUCUAAGAUAUCAGAAGAAAAUAAUACAUAUAAUAACACCUUUUAAACAAUAAAAUUGAAAAACAAAUUGAUUCAGUCAAAUAUUGCAAAAGUGAUUAAAGCUGAGAAAAUUAAAUAAUAAUUUAUAAAUAAUUUGUUUACAAACUCCUACAUAUUAAAAUAAAAAAAGAAACAACUGAUUCAUGAUAAAUAUAUUGAAGAAAAUAAUAAAUAACCAAUUUUAGGUAAAUAAUUAAAAAUAUAGUUUAUAGAUACAUAUACUUAAUCUCGAAUACCUGUAAUAUAACCAACUUGUGGAUUUGUAUUACUUUGGAAUGCUAUUGGAAUUAUAUUUAAUUUUAUUAUUUUAUGGCUUACUCCAUUUUUAUUGUCUUUUGAAUAAUUUCAGAAUGAGAUCUAACUUUCUCUAUUAUAGGUUUCAAUAAUAAUUUUUUUAAUUAGUGAUAUCCUUAUGGCUUUAAAUAAAGGGAUUAUUAUAUAAGGAAUUUUGAUAUCAAAAAGAAAGGUAUUAUUUUAAAAGUAUAUAUAAACAAACUUUACAAUUGAUAUUCUUAACUUAAUUUUAUGGACAUUAAUUUAAUAAAAUCUAAUUUCAUAUUAACUAUUUGGAGAAUGCAUAACUUUUGCUUAGUUGAUUAUUACUUAUAAGAAAAUUUAGAAAUAUUUGUCAGAUUAUUUUGAAUUUGUAUUCUUUAAAGGGAUAUCAAAUAGUUUAAUGGAUUUAUUAAGCCUAAUUCUAUCAAUAUAUUUAUUAGCACAUAUUGUUGCUUGUUUUUGGCAUUAUGUUGGAAUAAAAUCUAUGGAGACAUCUUGGUUGAUGAAAUACGAAUUAUUAAAUGAACCUAUAUGGAUAUAAUAUAAUUAUGCUUUUUAUUGGGCAACUAUGACAAUGACAACAAUUGGAUAUGGUGAUAUUACAGCUUAAAGUUAAUUAGAAUUAAUUUAUGUGGAUAUUAUUAUGUUUUUAUCAAGUGGUGUAUUUGCUUACUCAAUGAAUUAGAUAGGAAUAAUUUUAAAAAAUCUUUAAGAUUCAAAAUUAAAAUAUAAAAGAUCUAUAUUUAAAAUGAAUACAUUUAUGAGUAAAAAUUAAGUAGAACCAAAAAUUUAAAGUAGAAUAAGAAAUUACUUAAAGUAUUACAUAAAUUAAGAGUAAAAUGAAAAUUAAGAUGAUGUUGAUAAUCUUAUAUCUAUUCUACCUUAAAAUUUAUAGUAGGAUUUAAAUGAUGAUAUUUAAAUUAAAGUUAUUAAUUAAGUAAAAUCAGUCAUAAGUCAUUUUUCUUAGAGAACUUAAUAAUUAUUAUCUAAAAAUUUAUCUCUUAUUAAAUAUUCUCCAGGUGAUUUUAUUUACAAAAAAGGAGAUAUCAUGGAGAAAAAUCUUUAUUUUAUUAAAGAAGGAGAAAUUGAAAUUAUAGAAGAAAAAAGCAAGAUGAAAUUUAAUAACUUAAAAUAGAAUUAAACAUUUGGUAUUUAUUAGUUCUUCACUGACUUUCCACCAAAAACUUCAGCUCUAAGUAAUGGUUUUUCUAAAGUUUAUACUAUUAGUAGGAAAAGAUUUUUAGAGAUUUUAUAAUUUAACAGAAAAGAUUUUGAGACUUUUCAUCACAUAAAGGAUUAAAUAAUUUUCAAUUAAAAUUAUAGGCUAUUUAAUUUAUGUUGUUAAUUUUGUGAUCGAUAUAGUCAUUAAGAGAUAGAUUGCCCAGUUCUUAAUUAUUAUCCUGAUUUAGAAUAAAGAUUACUAAAAAAAACAUAAUAAUCUGUUGUCUUUUUAAGAUCUGCAAAAACUAGAUUGGGAAACAAAAUUAAAAGUAUAAAAGAGUAACGAUAACUUUCUCAAUCGGUUACUAAAUUUUUAGAAGAUAAUUUUGGUUUCUAAAUGUCAAAUUCAUUAUAACUAGCUUUAGCUGUUCACAGUUCAUUAAGUAAUAAUUCUUCUGAACAUAACAUCGAUAUUAAUAAAACAUAAAAAAUCCUUUUAAAUGAUGAAAAUCCAGAGAGACUUCAUUUACCUAUGGGUAAGAGCUUUGUUAGUAGAGCAAUUUUUAGGAGAGAAUAAUCUUUAAAUUAAGAAUAAGAUGUAUUAAAUUCUGGAAAAUCUCAAAAGCCUUAGAAAAAUGCUAAAAAAGAAUUAAAUAUGUUAGAUGUUUUAUUUAAUAGUGCAAAAUUUCUUCAUCCAUCAAUUUAAUGUGAUCAAUGUGAGUCAUUUUAGAAUUACUUUCCUCAAGGCAAUGUCUAAUUUGUUCUAUAAAAUUUAGAAAAAGCCAAUUCUAAAUAUUAAAGAAAAAUAUAAAAACAUAUAUCAAAUAUGAAUAAGUAUACUUUUUUUUAUAAUGUGAAAUUAAAAGCUUUAAAGUUAAGAUUAUUUUAUUUUAAAAACUGA